CUACUUCCUUCUUCCUCCCCCAGCACCAGCUGCCCUGGAGCAGCAAUUGCCGUAAGUGCAACUCAUGUGACGCCGCAGCUUCCUGUGCAUUUCCCAGUGUCUGCUUCAGCUACGGGUGCAGUAAGUGACACGCUGGGUGCUGUGCUCCACGGCUCAGACUUCCCCUUGCUUGUCCUCUUCCAGCCUUUCUGGAGAGAGCGCCAUGCUGCGCCGCAAGCCAUCCAACGCCAGCGACAAGGAGCAGGCGCAGAAGAAGAAGCUCUCCCUGCAGCGCUCUAGCAGUUUCAAGGAUUUUGGAAAGGCCAAGCCCAGCUCCCCCGUGGUGAGCGAGAAGGAGUUUAACCUGGAGGAGAACAUUCCUGAGGAUGACCUGGCCAACGCACCUCCUGAUGACACUGGGAAGAGCAGUGGCAUGAAGCUGGGCAGGAAGUGGAGAGCUGUCAUUUCCCGCACCAUGAACAGGAAGAUGGGCAAGGUGGUGGUGAAGGCACUGGCUGAGGGGAAGGGAGAAGUGGGGGAAGAGGGCUCCAUGUCGCUGGACGGCAGCCUGGAGGAGCCAAGCCUUGAGAAGAUGCCCUUGUCAUAUGUGGAGCUGCAAGAGGACGUGCACACACCGCUCAGCCGCCAGACAUCCAGUGGGAGUGAACUUGGCUGCACCAGUCCCUGCACUACAGGCAGCAAUCGCAACAGUCUGAGGCUGGAGGAGCCCAGCCUGCCCUACAGUGGCCCUUUCUGCGGGAGAGCCCGAGUCCAUACAGACUUCACGCCCAGCCCCUACGACAAGGACUCAUUGAAGCUGCGGAAAGGGGACAUCAUCGGGAUCAUAGAGAAGCCCCCCGUGGGCACCUGGACAGGGGUGCUAAACAACAGAGUGGGCUCCUUCAAGUUCAUCUAUGUGGACAUCAUCCCUGAGGAGCCGGUGCCAGCCCGCAAGAACCGAAUGCAGAGCAAGAGCAAGCGGCCCAAGCCCAAGACCUUACACGAGCUGCUGGAGCGCAUAAACCUGGAGGAGCACAUCUCCACCUUGCUACUGAAUGGCUACCAGACCCUGGAGGACUUCAAGGAGCUGCGGGAGACCCACCUGAAUGAGCUAAACAUCAUGGACCCCCAGCAUCGCGCCAAGUUGCUCACAGCUGCUGACCUGCUGCUGGACUAUGACACCAGUGAGGCUGAGGAAGGAGAGAGCUUGGAGCCACACCCUUCCCCCUCGGACCCCAAAGGGGACAUUCCCCGUGACUCGGGCUGCUUCGAAGGAUCUGAGACACUGGAGAGUGGCCGGGAUGAGGCGGAGCUGAACAGCACAAAGGAGCAACUUCAGGCCUUCUCUCUAGAAGAGUCCUCCUGAGCUUGCCCCCUCCUUGCCCCAACCCUCCCAGCACUACCCCACAUCAGGGACUUAACCUGCAGAGCAGGGAGGACAGGACACCCCAAGGGCACUCUCUACCCCCUGACCAACAUCUGGGGAGAUGCCUGGACCACAGGUGACCACUCCUCUGCUGGGGACAGUCAUGUGAGCCCUGCAGGGGAAGACACUGGCGCUGUUUUAUGGUUCUACGGGGCAGCUGCCGAGGUCCCCACCCCAGGAUACAUCUCCCUUUUGGGAACUGCACAGGACCCAUCUCUGCGUUCCUGUCAAAGACAAAGGACUUGCUUCCGCAAAUAGCUCAGUCUUCAUUCUCCAGCCUCUCCAUUAGAAACUCCAGUCUCAGAGCCUGUGCAUUAGCCAUGAAUGGGUGUUUCUCUGCCCCUCUGCCUGGCACCCACUGUCGUCUGCCCACACCCUCUGCCUGGCCUUACCAAAUGGCUGAGGCCUUAGUCAGCAGGACACCCUUUGAAUGGGAUGCAUCCAGGAAGCUCCUGGGCAAUGCAAAGACAAGCAGUUUAGCCAAGAGGGUGUCUGGGGCUGUGCAAUGGGAGAUGCCCACUAGCAGCUGAAGCUCCCCAACAUCAAAGGCUCUUUGCGAAGGAGGCUACAGGUAACCUAGGAGCUGGUGCUAACAGGUCAAGGGAGCCAGGCACCGAACAAGAACUGAGACUUGUGUGUUUCUAACGCAAGUCGGGGGGCGGGGGGAGAGGGAACAGGCAGCAGAGCAGGGCAACGGGUGCCACACAGGAUCCUCGCCACUCAAGACUCAGCAAGCGCUGAGAGCAGGAGUCUGUAGCCUCCCAAGCUGGCAUUUCUCAGCAUGGGGCGAGUCUCUUUCAGGGCAGAACCUAGCCAUGUGGGGACCAGCUUGGCCAGAAAGCAUAGGGUUUGGUUCCAGGGGCUUUGCUGCUCCUUGUCACAGAGCAUUGAGUUAUUAGAAAUAAGGCCACGCUGCAGCAGCUCCCCCCUGCCAAAGGCCUGGGCCAGCUCACUGCAGCAACCGACCAGGCCAUCGCUCCAGCCUGCCACACGCCCACUGGGGCCAACCUGGCUCAGGUCAGCUGCGACUUGUUUGGGAAGGUGGAAGGAAAGGAAACACCCUGUGCCGGAAAGACCAUGCAUUGUGCUCACAGCGUUCCCCAGUGUCAGUCCAUUCUGCCUUCGUGAGGGCAGAGUCCUCGCCUUGCAGCAGGUGCUGUGCGUCAGAAGGUGUGCCCAGAGGAAGUCGAUACUGAGUUGUUUUGUUUGAAAUGAUCCUUGCUGCUCAGUUCCCAAUCCCACAACUGCUCAAGAGCCCCUCUGUGCAGCAGAGAACAGGGACGUCCCCAACAAGAAUUCAUGUGUUCCCUACAGAGCUCACACCCCUGCUCAGGGCUGUCCCUGACAGACUAACACUGCAGCAUUGGGGCACAUAGAUGACGGAAGUAGCUGACAGAGGCAAGAGGGUGCUGCGUUAAGAGCAGCAAGAGUCCACCUGGCUUAAAAAAAACUAGCAGGAUGGGUUCUAGUUAGGGCUUGUCCCAGGGCAAAAGGGCUGGGCCAGCUUUGGCACAAUGGCACUGCACCAAGAGUUCUUCGGUUAGCUUAUGUUAAAAGGGCGGGAAAUGGUCUUGCACUGGAGCUGCACCCAUAUGCUGUUACCCACAGAAUAUGUGGAGUGACUGGGUAAUGGGCCAAUUCCAGUCCUGGAGUAAAGGGCUACAACACCCACUAAUGCUGAUGGGAGAUGUGACUCCUGUAAGCAGAUGUCUUUGGCCCCGUGUCUGUGGCAAGCUUAGCCCUGAAUUCCAGGACUCCUGUGCCUGCGAAAUCUCUGCCUUUCUGUUGCAGUAAUGUAGGUUUCGGUGUUGAAUUCACUCCUUUGUGCUUGACCCCAAUAAAAUGUGAUCUAACCUGUAA